CACUCGCUCAUGAGAGACACACAUGGAGCCUGAAAACGCUCUCUACAUGUGAACUUCACUCCUCAUCCUGAAGCCAUGAGUCUGGGGGAAGAGCUGUGCUAUAAAGCGCGCCGAAUGGAGGUGGAGGAAGACUUGUACUCGCUUGAGUUGAGCGCCGAUGAAGAUCUGCCGGUGUAUAAGGACAGUGAGGAGUUGUUCGCAGCUCUGCGGCAGAAGGAGGAUGAAGUUCUUCUGGCCGCUCAGGUGGGAAAAGCGCUCCUCUUGGAGAACAGACAAUUGAAGGAAGAGAGACAGACACUUCAUGACAAAUACACACAGCAGCUGGAGGAGCUGCAGCAGGGCAGGUACGAGCUGCGGGUGAAACUGGACGGCUGCCAGGCGCAGUGGGAGAGUCAGGUGGGCGAGCUGGAGCGAGACGUGCAGGAGCUGCAGAUGCAAGUGGAGAGACUGAUGCAGACCCUGAGUGAGACAGAGAGAGAGAAAACCAGACUAAACCAUGAACACAAUGAACAGAGCCAGAGACUCCGAGAACAACUGCACAGGGCUAUGGAAGUGGAGCGAACCAUGACCAGCGAGCUGCAGAGACUGAAACAGGAAAUGAGAGAAAGGGGGCAUGCCAGACCUCAGGACGAAGAAAUUAUCAGCGCUCUUAGAGAACAGGUUCAGGUAGCGAGACUCACGCAACGUGAACAAACACUAGAGCAGCACUUGAAGACCGCAUGCCAAGAGAACGAGGAACUAAGAGAGAGUGUGUCUUCACUACACACACGCCUGGAUCAACAGGAACAACAGAGCCACACACACAUACAACAGCUGUCAGAGGCCUGUCGUGAGGUGGAGGUGGUUCGUUCUCGGGCUCAUGAGCUGCAUUGUCAGGUCGAGGAGCUCCAGGAGGAAGUGUCCCUCCAGGGGAAAACUCACAACAACUCGUCAUUACUCUCAGAGCUUGAGCACAGUCUGGAGCCCACAGGCUGGAGUCUGGACAGAGAACAGGUCUCCCAGGAAGUGCACUACAUCCUGGAAAUACUGCGACCCGUGACCAGCAGCUCACAGGCUGAGCACAACUCGCAUGACAGCCUGAAGGGCAUGCUUACGCAACUGAAGCAAACAGCAAAAAGAAUCGCACACUGUGAUACACUACAGGACAUUAGGAAAUCGAUUGUGGGAGCGGUGAUCGAUCCAUGUGAGAACACCAAAUGGCUGCAGGAGAUUGGGGAUCAGAAUGAGCGUCUUAUAGCGGAGAACACCGAGCUCAAGCAGCAUGCAGAGACAAUGCUGGAUGAGGAAGUUGUUCAACAGGCCAUAAAGGACCGUGAUGAUGCCAUCGCUAAGAAGACAGCGAUGGAGGCAGAGCUGCUGAGGACUAAACAUGAUAUGAUGUGUUUAAACAACCAGCUGCUGGAGGCCAUUCAGCGCAAACUAGAACUUUCACAAGAGCUGGAGGCCUGGCAGGAUGAUAUCCAGAUUAUCAUUAAUCAACAGUUGAGGAGUCAACAGCUGACAGAACAACUGCCUCAGAAGAGAUCAACUGGUCACAUGUCUUUCCUGCAUAAAUCCAGACGACCGUCCUGUUCCCCGUCCACCAUAUCAGAGAUGAGCUCGGAGCAGAAUGGGUCGCCCUGGAGAGACUGGCUCAAACGAAGCAAAUAAAUCUGCUGCUCAGCCUCCAAUGCUAGCGCUCCGAACUUAAAGCCUGUCUGCGCCCAGACGGUAUGAUCACGGAUGGGGACUGCAGAAGCACAACCUGAGACUGCAUCAGACACACUCAUGGAUUAUGAUCAGCUGAAGAAUGCCAAAGACACUGGCCAAGUAUUUAAAAAUAUAGUUUUGGGACGAUGGACAGACUGGUUGCAUCACCCCUAACAUCAAAGGAAAAUUUAUAUAUAUUUAUAUAUUUUGCACAAAGAAAAUGAAGCCUAUUCAAAUGUCUUGCAUUGUGAUAAUGUUUUCAUGAGAAUUCAACACUUUUCCUGAGAUUUCUCAUUACUGUGAUGCAUCUGGAUGUUUUUCUUUAUUACUUUUGUACUUCUUAUUAGAUUCCGAUUACUCUAAUAAAGUUAUGUUUUGUAUUUCCAUAAAAAAAGUAUAAAAAUAAUACAUUUAAUAAUGCAUCAUAUUUUUUAAUUACAGUAAUGAGAAUGUGUAUUUUUUAUUUUUUUUUUUCAUGGAAAAAAAAAAAGUGUUUCUGGAAACAGGCUUUCUUUAAACAAAUAUAAUUAAAAUCGGGGGAAAAUAAAUAUAUUUUGCAUGGGAAACAAAUUAAGCCUAUUUUUGGGACCAUUAAUUUGUAUUUAUUUAAUUUUAUUUUUAUGACAAUUUAGCACAUUUCUCCUGAAAUCCUAUUACUGUAAUGCAUCUGGAUAUUUAUGUUUUGUUUUGUAAUUGUGGACUUACAGGAUGUCUUAUAUGUCAUAGUUUUUUUUUAUUACUGU